GUGGAUACAAACCGUCAAAUGGGGCAAGUCAAUCGUAGAGAACAGAUAUAGAUUCCGGCAUAAGUUGGUCACUGCGGUGUGUGGAGCCCGACUAAUUGGUAAGCGGCUUCCUUGUCGAUCUUUCUUCUCUCCAACAUCCGUCGCGACUUCAUCUCACUUCCUCCCCCGUUCGUCUGUUCUCCCACCCCGCAAAACGGCCAAUUGGUGGUGCUCCUCGUGUUUGAGUAGAAUGCUCCGCUAGAUGAUUAUUUCUCCCACCGCCGUUCGCCUAUGCUAAGCCUUCAACCACGCGCAGAGCCCUUCAAUCUUGGACCGACCAGCUAUGGCGGAUCCGCGUGGUCGAUUGGGGUGGCUUGGGUCUGUUUGAUCUGGUAUACCGCGGUCAAUCUCGUUUGUGUCGUGGGCUACUCUCAAAUAUGGCGCUAUUUCCUACAACGGCCGCGACAAUCGCACUCGGCAGCCUCCGCCGACGCCCCCCACGUCACCGUCAUCCGACCCGUCAAAGGCCUCGAACCGCACCUGUAUGAGUGUCUGGCGUCGACCUUCCGCCAGGAUUACCCGUCCGACCGGUUGACCGUCUGCUUUUGCAUCUCAUCCCGACAGGAUCCGGGCUAUCCGACGCUAGAGCGGCUUGUCGCGGAUUUCCCGCACGCCGGCGCACGAUUAUACGUCGAGGAGGAUGAUCCACUGCUGCAACCGGGCAACGAGCACGUAUACCAGCUGGGCCCGAACCCCAAGAUCCGCAAUAUGAGUCGGGCCUAUCGGGAAGGAGAGGGAGACAUCGUUUGGAUUAUCGAUUGCAACGUCUGGAUCGGCCCGGGUGUCUGCGGGCGUAUGGUGGAUCGACUGUGUGGGUUUGGGUCGCCGUCAGAAAAGAAGAAAAAGUACAAAUUCGUCCAUCACUUGCCGUUGGUUGUGGAUGUGACCGAUGAGCCUGGUGUGGCUGGGGAGCAGGAGGCUCUUUUGGACGCGUGUCGAGCGCGCGGGGACACCUCGGCUGUUGCCGAGAAUGCCGGCGUUAUGGAAAUGGGAGGGGGUCGACUGGAGGAGUUGUUCAUGUCGUCCGCGCACGCCAAAAUGUAUACGGCGAUCAACACGGUGCUCAUCGCGCCGUGCAUCGUCGGGAAAUCGAACAUGUUCCGCCGUUCGCACCUCGACUACUUGACGGCACCAGCGUCAAAGGACGACAGCGAUGGGCCGCCCCGCAACGCGGGAAUCGACUACUUCUCGGACAACAUCUGCGAGGACCACCUGAUCGGCGAUCUGCUGUGGAAGAAGCAGGUGCGGGAGGAGAAGAAAGAGCACGGUGGAGAAAAGCUGGGCAAGCACGCGAUGGUCUUCGGGGACCUCGCGUUCCAGCCCGUCGCCAACAUGAGCGUGCCGGCGUACGUCGCCAGACGGGUGCGCUGGCUGCGGGUGCGCAAGUUCACCGUGCUGCUCGCGACGCUGGUCGAGCCCGGGACGGAGUCCUUCCUGUGCUCAUGCUAUGGAGCAUGGGGCAUCACGACGGCGCUGGCCCCGUGGCUGUUGGAGAACGGAUACGCAUGGGCGGCAUCCCUGUCAACAUGGACGGCGUUCUUCGCGCUCUUCUGGACCAACAUGCUCGUGUGGAUCCUAGUCGACUGGACACUAUACAUCAAGUUACACUCGGCGAAGACGGUAGAGCUGAGCGAGGACACGCCGCCCUUCGCGCGGCCGCCGCCGUCCGGGCGGACACGGCGGUCGUUCGGAACGUGGUUUGCGGCAUGGCUGGGGCGAGAGUUGCUGGCGCUCCCGGUCUGGAUGUGGGCUGUAUACGGCGGCGUCACGGUGAGGUGGCGGGAUCGACAAUUCCGGGUCGGUCUGGACGCGAAGGUCCGCGAGAUGGACCCGAAGACGACUAGUAGUAAAGCGAGGCGGGAUUAGACUUACAGGUACAUAUACACACAUACAUAUACAUAUACAAACAGGAUGGUGGGAGGGUGGACACAGUAUAGAAUAGAAGAUAUGCGUGAUGUGAAA